AUGAAUUUAAAUACUUUACCUGGUGAAGUUCUUUUUUACUCAAAUGAUCAAUUUUAUCAAUUUAUUGAAAACUGCUUAGGUGUUGAUCAAAUGAAUUUAUUGAAAGUACAAUCAAUAAAAAAUAUUAGAACAUUAAUAAAAAUACCAGAUAUUUUUUCUGCUCUUACUAUUAAAUGUAAAGAACUUGCUGAUCUCAAAAGUCGUUUAUGUUUCGUCGAUGAAGAUAAUAAUAGUAUAAUUAUUAAAGUAGGUGUUAAAAUGGACUUUGAUAAUUUAAUAGCCAUUCUGAAGGAGAAGGAUUACAAAUAUUUAAAAGGAACGAAAAAGUCAAAGUCAUCAUCUUCUUCUACCACAAACUCUCUUGUUUCGAAUACAUUUGUAUUAAAUACAACCAAUUCAAAUAUUAUCGAUUCCCCUCUAAUAUCAAUACCUACAACAGCAAUUAAUCUGAUGUCAGUAAAUGAUUAUAUUCAAGUGAUUGCUAAUAGUAUUGAAAAAUACUCAAUCAAUACUUUUCAGAAUAUUAUUUUAAAACACGAUGAUGCUUACAUGAUACAUUUAAAUCAAUCCGGUACAUGUAUUGAUGGAUACAUUAAAUGUCAUUGUAAAUCAGCAAUAAAACUUCCAUUUCGUUUAAAUACUAAAUCAUUUCAACUGUCACAUUAUUUUAAACAUUUGAAACAUAGUCUUUGUUCUAUGAUGAAAAAGAAAAGACAAGAAUUGAAGAAAAACAGUAAUUUAUCACACAAUAUUAAUCAAAAUAAUAUCCUUCCUAGCCUUGACGAUGAAAUUAAUUUUGAUGAAGACAGUAUGGAUAAUUUAAAUGAAAAUUCACAAAUUACCACCAAUAAGCCAAUAUCAACUUAUUCUGAUUCUUCAAAGGAAAAGAGACCAACAUCAUCAUUAUUAGACAGUGAUAUUCUUGAGAUACAACGAAUAAAGAAUGUUCGAAUUUUAUUACAAAUACCAGAUGUAUUUUCAUUUUUUCAAAAAAAUAAUAAAGAUAUACUCAAGUUAAAAGAACAAGCUUGUUUUAUUGAUGACGAUCCAAGCUGUGUUGUACGACCAGGAAUUCGAUCUAACAUUGAACAAUUUAUUGAAUUAUUAAAAAAUCACUACAAACCAAUAACAGAACCUAAUCAUGCUCAAGGAGAGAAUAGUUGUAUGUGUGGUUUUCUAAAUAUUAAUAAUGGAAAUACAGAACAUCAAUCAAAAUCAUUUGUUCAUAUUUUUUGUGAGGAUUCAACCAGUGUUGUUAGUUCAGUCUCUUGUGACAGUAAAACAAAUUGUUUCAUUUGUUUUGCACCAAAAUUAGUAAAUGGCUUACCGUUGAUCAAUCAAUUUCAAACAAAUAGUUUUAAUGAAUUACAAGAAUGGUCUCAAGAAUUAGAGAAAUCUAAAUCAAUAAAUGCAAAUUUAAUUGAACCAUUAUUGAAUAAAAGUUCUUCGUUAAUUCACUCGAGAUCGUAUAUAAUUGCUUCUUAUGGAUCUGAUAACAAAUAUUCAGUGAAAUCUGAUGUUUUCCCCGAUGAUCGAGAAAAUUUCUCAUCUUGCGUAAAAAUCACGUCGAAUGAUGUAUUGAAUUUAUUGAAAGACAUGAAUGCUAAAGGCACUUAUAUCUACCGAUAUUUGUUGAAAUUAGUUAUCAUUACAUAUAUUGAAGCAGAUACCGAUAUCUUCGUACGUUUAUGCUACGGUUGGAUUCUUGCAUUUUCAUAUCGGAUGUGGUGGUGUAGUAUUCAACUAGAAGAAACUUACUCUCAACAAGAAAAAGAUAAUCAUUUUAUUACUAGAGCUGCGUGGUUAUCUGUAGAAAUUAAUAUUCAUUGUUUAACAUCAUUAAUAAUAUUAGUAUUACAAGGAGUUUUACCAUCUUCUUCUCUUCAUACUCAUCUAUUUAGUAGUCAACCAUGCGAGAGUACAUUUCGUAGUGCUCGUGCUCUAUCUAGCACUUUCUCUUCAAUAACAAGUUUCUCAGUAUCUCAAUUUCUAAAUAAAAUCGAAAAAAUUGCAAUACUAAAUCAUUUUAAAUCAACAGAAGGAGAUGAUGUUAAAUGCCCAUUAAAAUUUCCAAUUCAUCAUAAGAAUAAACACAAGAAGAGAAUAUCAUCUACAACUAGUUUAAGUUCAGCAUCAACAACAAUAAAUGAUAUAGAAAAAAUUAUCAUUAAAGCUUAUCAUGAAGCAAAAAAAAUCAUGAAUUCCUUACACUUAUUACAAAUUCUUGAAGAAAAUGAUCUCGGUGAUAUUCAAAAAUUAAAUUCAUUUGUUUUCGACCAACUUGAUUCAAAAUAUAAAGUUGAUUAUUGUUACUUCAACGAAAUUGAUCUUCAAGAUAGUGCAGAUGAUACUAAUAAUAUUCAAAAUGAUACUGAAAAAGAUGUUCAAAUUGAAGGUUAUUAUUCAGAUGACGACAAUCCAGAUGAUUAUCAUUUUAUAACAUCAAAAGAAACCUUCCAAGGAAUGAAAAUACUUGACAAGAUUGAUCUAACGAAAAAGAAUAUUUAUUUUCAUAUUAUGAUUAAUAAUAAACCAAAGUAUUUACAUAAACAAACGGCAGCACGCCUUUUAACUAGUAGUAAAAAUUGUUUAUCGUCGGAGAGAUUAACACGGGUACAACAAACAAAUAAACAGAAAUAA